GCUGAGAAAUGACGUCACUUCCUGUAAUCUCGUUCCCAGUUGCUUUUCUUAUGUUGAACUUGUGUAAUUUCCCUCUCUCUUGGGCGCGAUGGCGCGGUUUUACCAAUUUUUCUAAAUUUUACGAAGGCGACGAGGCCGAGACAGCGGGGACCGCCACGACUUGUGUGUGUAUUGUUUAUGUGAAAGUAGUGGGAAAACUAGUUAUCGUGUUGGAGUUAGUACAAAAUGGAAGAAAAUUUUGUGGUUCUCACAAGGAAAAUAACUUCCAUUCACGGUCAGUUUUUGUGCAGCUUGCAUCGGCGAUUGUGGACGCGCGGAGAGAACGCUCGUACGAAGCAUUGGAUGACAAAAAUCUAGAGGUUGUCAGGAAGAAGCUGGAUGAGGUGAAAGAAGGAGCUGGUGCAGUCUGUGUUAGCGUCAAAAAGGAAACUGCCGAACUAGCUUCCUUUGGGGCUCCAAUUCCUGCAGUCAGUGUAAAUUGCCUAAGAAAUCUCUACUCCCUUUGUGAAGAUAACACAAAGAAACACGAUGUUGUUGAAGCAGCCUUGCAAGUUCUAGAUCAGAAGAAGCUAGAAGAAGAGAACCUGGAUCAUGUUCAGGCCACUGUGUUUUCACACAUUCUUGGAGUGCUACAUCAACCCAGCAUACUUGAAAACGACACCGUUGGAACGUGUUCAGUAUAAAGACCCCAGGAACUUCAUGAGCCUCGACAAGAUUACCUUGGAGCUAGUGUGCAAGCUACCUUGUCGAAAGAAAACCACGGACAUUCCACUCAGCAAUUAAAUACCUUCCGUCUCCGGUGCCUCGACUUUUUCGUUGAGAGUGCAGCUCAAAUAUUCAAGCGCUUCCCAUUUGGAAGCCCCACGUUGAAGCACAUCGACUUACUCGAUCCUAGGACCGUACUAGAAGGUCAAAUAACGACCAUUGCACCUCUUGCAGCUGAUUUCCCCAACAUUGUAGCACCGGAAGACCUGCAGGUUCUGGACAUGGAGUGGAGGCUUCUCCGAAAUACUACCCUCUACGUGGACCAAACAGCCGAUGUACAAAUCUCCUGGGAGCACGUAUCCAAGAUAAAAGCAAGCACGGACGGGCUUAUGUUUCCCACAUUAGGAAAAUUCGUGAGCUGCCUCCUGUGUUUGCAGCACUCAAGUGCGUGCGUGGAAAGAAUGUUUUCUGCGGUCAGCCUAAUGAAAACAGAGCAACGAAACAAGCUUUCCACACAAUCUAUCAUAGGACUACUGCAUACCAAGGGGCUGCCAGAGGACAAAAACUGUUACAAAUUCGACGUGACAGCGGGCCUAAUAAAUAGAAUGAAUGUGUCCAUAUACGAAAGUGACAACGUGUGAAUGACUCAUGACGAGAAAGAGAAGCAACCAGAUACCCUCGAUUGUAAGAUGCAUUCGAAGUGUUGUUUCUUUAUUCGAGGCUUUCUUUACUUCAGGUUUAUAUAUUCUGUAACCCGUUUUUCGUAUUUAAACAUAUUCAACAUAUUA